AUGACGUCAAAAGAACGGCACAACCAAGUAUCGGAGAUUCUGAACAGUGGGAAGUAUAUAACCCCUGCUAGGAAACGGGAACUACUGAAGAAUUUGAGCGCAGACUCAACGUCUGAAGAGUAUCAGCUGGUUCAAUGGGAUAAACUUGUAAGGUCCAUUAAUGGGGCCAUCAACAGGGUCAGCAUACACAAUAUUAAGGGAAUAAUAAUAGAACUAUUUCAGCUGAAUUUGCUGAGAGGCCGUGGAGUCCUUGUCAAGAGUGUCUUAAAGUCACAGACAGCGGCGCCAGCUUUUACCAAUGUCUAUAGCAGUUUGAUAGCGGUACUAAACUCCAAAAUCCCAGAGAUUGGCAAACUCUUGAUAGAAAGAUUGAUAGUUCAAUUUCAAAAUUCCUUUCUGAAUAACGAGAAGGCGAAAUGUUUUGCUGCUGUUACAUUUAUUGCCCACUUGGUCGUUCAGAAUGUUGCUCAUGAAAUCAUUGCACUACAGCUGAUGUUCCUUCUGCUAGAAAACCCGACGGACGACUCUCUGGAUAUUGCAUGCACACUAAUGACUGAAGUUGGUGCUUACCUGGAAGAGAACGCUGUUUCUGCUACUUACUCUAUUUUUGAAAGGAUAAGAAAUGUCUUGCAAGAGGGGCUAGUAAGCAAAAAGACACAAUAUAAAAUAGAGAUAUUAUUGAAAUUGAGAAGGAACAAAUUUGAAGGGCAUUCUGGAAUUCUAAAGGAAUUAGAUUUAGUAGAGGAUGAAGACCAGAUAACUCACACCAUUGGGCUGGAUGACAAAUGUGAUGAAGAAUUGAAUUUGAAUGUCUUUCACUAUGAACGUAACUACGAUGAGUUGGAUGAAAAAUACAACUUGAUAAAACUACAAAUCUUGGGUGAUGAUGAUGAAGACGAGGUUGAUAGUUCAUCUGACAGUGAUGAAGAAGAGGAAGAGGAAGAGGGAGAGGAACAAGAAGAAGUAGAGCAAAAACAAGAACAAGAUGAAGAACGAAAGGAUCAAAACACCAUUAAAAAUCAAUUAACCGACCUUACUGCAGCAAAUCUCGUUGAAUUUCAGAAGAACGUGUAUCUUACAAUGAUGUCAAGUAUGAGUGCUGAUGAAGCGGUUCACAAAUUACUCAAGUUACCAGCUGUCAGCGACAAAUCCCCAGAACUACAAUUAAUAAACAUCAUAGUCAAAGGGUGUGCUCAAGAGAAAACCUACUCCAAGUUUUAUGGUCUUGUAGGUGAGAAGCUUUGUUCAUACAGUAAUAUUUGGCAUAAAUCUUUCAAAGAGGCAUUUAAAAACUCUUACCACACACUUUCAGAAUUAGAACUAAAGCAUAUUAGAAAUGUAGGUAAAUUUUGGGGUCAUCUGUUUGCGAGUGAUCGAUUGGGAUGGGAAAUUUGGGAAAUUGUUACUCUAACAGAAAGUGAAACUACUCCCUUUAGCAGAGUCUUCCUGAAAUUUCUCUUCCAGGAGUUGGUUGGCGAAUUGGGUGUCAAGAAGGUUCAAGAAAGGUUGCACGAGGAUUACAUUCAACCCUAUAUUAGAGGCAUUUUCCCCACUAGUGACCAGGAGCACUUGAGAUUUUCUAUUAAUUUCUUCACAUCCAUAGGGUUAGGAGUCCUCACUGAAGAGAUGAGGAUAAUUCUUCAAACUACACCCCAAGAGAUCGAAUUAGGACACAGGUCGCCAUCACCUUCGAAUUCUAAAAGACUGAAAAUUUAA